UAUUUGACAUUAGUUUUUCUGUAAAGAUGGCUCCGACCCGGAGUAUUAUUGGAUUUUUAAAUCCUAAAACUAUUAGUGCUGUUUUUAGUUCAAAUAUAUCAAAAACUUCGUGUCGCUUUAUUCAUAGAUGUAAUAAUUGCAAUCAUUUUUUAAGGAAUCCGGUAGUAUCUACCGUGACAUUGGGUCGUAAAAAUAUUAAAUAUGGCGAACUUAGUGCGAGACAUCGAUACAUUCAUACUACUUCUAGUUUAAAUGCAAGGACCGACUAUUAUCAAGUCCUCGGUGUAUCCAAAAAUGCUUCAGCUAAAGAUAUCAAAAAGGCGUACUAUCAGCUCGCUAAAAAGUAUCACCCGGAUGCGAAUAAAUCAGAUCCAGAAGCUCCGAAAAAGUUCCAAGAAGUUUCCGAAGCGUAUGAGAUCCUGUCUGAUGAAAACAAACGUAAGCAAUAUGAUACAUAUGGUACAACAUCUGAACAAAUGGGCAUGGGUGGAGGACCCGGAGGACCUGAUGGUUUUACACAUCAAUGGCAAUAUAAAUCCACCAUAGAUCCUGAAGAGCUCUUCCGUAAGAUAUUUGGAGAUGCAGGAUUCAAAGCUGAAUCGUUUAGCGACUUUGCUGAGAGCAAGUUUGGUUUUGGUGCAGCUCAAGAAAUAAUAGUAAAUCUACGAUUCACUGAAGCAGCUCGUGGUGUGAACAAAGAUAUAAAUGUCAAUGUGGUAGACACAUGUCCUAAAUGUAUGGGGUCUAGGAGUGAGCCUGGCACCAAAGCUAUCAAGUGCACCUAUUGUAAUGGCACUGGCAUGGAAACAUUUUCUAGAGGACCAUUUGUGAUGCGUUCAACUUGCCGACAUUGCCAUGGCACUAGAAUGCUGAUUAAGUUCCCAUGUGUUGAGUGUGAAGGCAAGGGACAGACUGUUCAACGUAAGAAAGUUACAGUUCCAGUACCGGCUGGAGUGGAAGAUGGACAGACAGUACGAAUGGCUGUUGGCAACAAUGAAGUCUUUAUAACAUUCAAAGUUGAAAGCUCAAGCUAUUUUAAAAGAGACGGACCAGAUGUUCAUACUGAUUGCACAAUUUCAGUGUCACAAGCAUUACUGGGUGGAACCGUGAGGAUACAAGGCCUUUAUGAAGACCAUACAAUACAGAUCGUUCCGGGCACGUCCUCUCACAGCAUAGUCCGUUUGUCUCGGAAAGGUAUGAAGAGAGUCAGUCAGCACGGACACGGUGACCACUAUGUGCACAUUAAAAUACAGGUACCGAAGACGCUGAGUGAAAAGCAGAAGGCACUUGUAUACGCUUACGCUGAACUAGAAGAGGAAACGCCAGGCCAAAUACACGGGGUUUCUUAUGACAGAGAUGGUGACAAAAUAUAAAGAGAAAGCGCUUUUGUAAAAAAGUUUCGAUAUCGGAGCCUCAGAAUUUGGUGGACGCUGUCAAAGAAGCGCUUAAAGAGAAGAAAAAUAUCGAAGGCGGUACAUCAGAGACCUCCGAAGAAGAUGUCGUGAAAGAGUCCAAGCGCAGCAAGGGUUAAAGUAUAAGCUAAUUUACAUUUUACGGUCUUAAUAAUAAGACACAAUUUGCACACGCACGUAGAAAAAUUCCAAUGAUAUAGGUUAAAUUCUCGUAUUAUAAAAUUAUUUUCUUUUGAAUUUACCUUUUAUUUCUCUUCACAAAACAAAUUGUCGUUUUUUUUUUACUUCUGUACUGUACUGUGAUAUGAGUUUUGAAAUAGUUAAGACAUGCAAGAUGUUUAUAAUCGUUAUAUGGAUAAAUUUAACGUGAUUUUUUUUUCAAAUAACGAAAUCUAUACCAAUACAAUGUAUAUUGUAAUAAUAUAACUUUUUCCAAUAUGGCUGAAAUAGAUGUACAUAACCGUUAACUAGUUUGUAGGAUGUGGUAAUAAAGAAAAAUAAUAAUAA